CUCCUCCCUCCUCCUCCCUCCUCCCACCACCACCACCACCACCACUUCUCUCUCCCCUCCUCCACCAGCACCUUCCCUCCUCCGCCCAAAAUCGCCUACUUCAUCUCCGGCACCGACAACGACGGAGGUCGAAUUUUUCGACUCCUCAAAGCCAUUUACCACCCUAGAAACCACUACCUCUUGCAUCUCGACCGUCGAUCGUCCAAGGAUCAGAGGGAUGAGCUCGCUCGGAUGGUGGCUUCGGUCCCUGUGUUCGUUGAUGCGGACAAUGUGAAUGUGAUUGAGAGAGCCAAUUCGGUUAGAGAGGAAGGGCCUUCGAGCCUCGCUUUGGUGCUUCACGGUGCGGCCAUUUUGUUGAGGUCUAGGAGAGAUUGGGACUGGUUUGUUAAUCUCGAUGCCUCUGAUUACCCUCUCAUUUCUCAGGACGGUACGUACGUUUCACCUCUUCCAUUAUAUAUGCCUUGGAUUGUUCAACUUGCUACUUUACACUAUUUAGAUUGUUUUGAUUUAACCUAGAUAUGAUCAGUGUGUACUAGUUGAGCUGAAAAAUGGGUAAUUUAUUUUAGGGUAAAUUACAUCGAUAGCCUUGGAGGUUUAGUCCAAUUACUACCACUCUGACCUUUUGAAAAUUACAUUCCCACCCUCCGGUUAAUGGUUUCAUUUCAUAAACUUCCCUUAUAUAAAAGUUAACAGCUCCUGCUAGAAAAACAGAGGUAAUUACAUAAAUAAAUAAAAAAAAGGUAAAGGAAAGGAAAAAAAGAAAAGAAUAGAAAGUAAAGCAAAGCAAAAAAAAGAGAGUGUGCAUGAGU